CUUUUCUUUUCCAAAUGAAUCUAGGGUCUAGGCUACUAUCCUACUAACUCAUUCUGUACUCAUUAGUCGUCCGUGAAAUAUAAGAAUGACGUUUCUAUGUUAAAACAUAGCUGAAGUAUCAUCAUUGAUUAGAUUAAUUUAUUAUAUUAUAGGCUAUCAUUCUUCAUGUUACGUGUAAAUAUAGGCCUACCCCGAUCUUGUCUGCUAAUCAUGAUCAAUUGAUAAUCGACAUGAUGCCGCUUGCCGUUGCCGGAUAAGUAGCAUUUCGUGUUUGGUGUUUCAGUGCCUACUACUGUGGCCAAGUGGCUUGACAGUGGCUCAUAGCCUCAUUGGCUGACUGGCUCUUAUUCAUAAUCAUAAUUAAUUAUUUAUUAAGUCUCAUCUGCAACUAGGUUGCACCUGCUAUUUAAUAAUAUAAUAAUUAAUUACUCGCCCUUCAAGUUUCAAUAAAUAUUAACCAUGGAUUUACCACAGCCACCACCAGAUCAGGAGCUGAAGAAUAUCAUAGACAAGCUUGCCCAGUUUGUGGCUCGCAAUGGACCUGAAUUUGAGCAAAUGACCAAAAGCAAGCAGAAAGAAAAUCCCAAGUUCAGUUUUUUAUUUGGUGGAGAUUAUUUCAACUAUUACCAAUUCAAAGUCACAACUGAACAAGCAAUCAUCAAGCACCGUCAACAGCACCAGCCGCCCCAGCACAUGCUGCCGCCCCCCCAACAGAACAUGUCCCUCUCCAACAUCCAGAACACACCUCAAACAUACCCACCUCCUAUUGCUGCAUACCCUACAGCUGCCCAGUACCCUAACUACCCAUACCCCCCAUCAUCAAUACAUCAGCAGCCCCCAUACCCUCCUUCAUCCCAGCCUCCUAUGGGGUAUGCCGGGUACCUCACAUCACACCCCUCGCCAUACUCCUCCAAUAAUGGAGAGGCUCGGCAUGACAAUUUUUCUAGCGCUCCUCCUCCCCGUUAUCCAGAUCAGUAUGAGCAACAAGCCCCCCAGGAACAAGCCAUGCUCCAGCAACCACCCCCUCAUCUACCUCCCGUCAGCGACUCCUACCAGAACAUUGCCAGCAGCAUGGCCAGCGUGUCUGUCUCGUCCAACUCCAUGGAGAACUCUAACUUCUCCGUUCAUCCUCCUGGCGAGGCCCGCAACCCUUACUCGGCUCCCUCCCUCCCUGACCAGCCGCCUCCCACCCCUCAGUUUCCUCAGAGCGUCUCAGUUCCACCUCCGGUCCCAGACAGCGGGAGUGCAGCUGCCGCAGCGGCUGCUGCUGCUGCAGCUGCGGCGGCAGCAGCAGCUGUUGUUACAGCCAAUAACGCUGCUGCCAUCGAAGCCAUCGUCCAGCAGCAGCAAACUCUGCAGGAUCAAAUCAAACAGAGCGAACAGAACCUCACAGCCCAACAUCAGGUUCUGCAGCAACAAAAAGAAACCCAGAUUCGGGAAGGCCUUUUUGUGGCCAAAGGAGAACUCCUGAAGAAAGAAGCUGAGGAACUCAACUUGGUGGAAUCCGAACUAUCAGACUUGCUUUCAACCAUCACCGAAACCUGCACCAAAGACUCCAUUUCAGCAGGCAAACUCUGGAUUUUUACCCACGCCACCGACGAGCCAAGGAACAAAUGGAUUGCCCAAUAUUUAAAUUAUAAAGCCACGUGUCAUUCAGCUCCUUUUGCUCACAAACUGCACAUAAUUUACCUGAUGAACGACGUGCUGCACUCGUGCGUACGCAAGGGCAGCGUGGAGCUCAAGGAGAGACUGCAACAUGUUCUCGUGCCUAUGUUCUGUCAUGCUGCUAACUCUGCCCCCGAGGAUAAGAAAGCUAAGCUUGAAAAGCUGCUGGCGCUGUGGGAGGGCAAGCUGAAGCUGGAGGACGACAUUCUGGUGCAGCUCCAGAACCCCAAGGAGUCCUGGGCCGCCUUGGAGAAACGCAACCUGGAGGAAUUCCCCCAGGUCAUUCACACCAUCACCCUCCACCUGGACACCACCUUCGAGGGUUACAAGCAGCAGCACAAUGCGUUCGUCCAGCACGCGGCGACGCAACUCCAGCAACUCGAGCAGCAAAAGCAACAACUCGAACAACAGCAGCACCAACAACAGGCUGUUGCUGCGGCGCAGGCGGCAGCUGCAAACCUUGCAGCUGCGCAGCAACAGCAGCAGCCUCUCGAGCACCUCAGCAUACCCCCUCCAGGCUUCACUGCAGUCCCCGCCCCCGCCCCGCCCACCGAGCGCCUCUUGCGUGCGGUCGACAACUUCUACCUGCCGCCCUCCCAUGAGCGCCCCAGGAACAGUGAAGGCUGGGAGCAGCUCUCUCUCUACGACUACUACAAGGGCAAGUCGGACGCCGUGAAGCGCAAGCAGGAGGCUAUCGACGCCGGAGAGCGCGAGAAGAGCGAGUCUCCGCCGCCCGUCUCCAUCCUAACGCCACCUCCCGAACGUCCUGAAUGGGACGCUCCCACUCGCCGCUACAGGUGA